CGGGUUCCAUUCUCCGAGACCGGCGACCCCCUCGCCGACUCCCUCCCUCCCGCCUGCUUCUUCCUCCUGCAGCGCCCGCCAGCGCGAGGCAGACAAGGGCACACGGGGCCUCGCCUAGACCCGAAAGGGCUGCGGGCGAGCACAGGCGGCGGAGCGGAUACUGUGGCGUGGAAGCUAGGAGCGCCCCCCUCCCGGAGAUCUCUUCCUGCUCCCCGGGUGACUCUAUCCCUGGCUGACUUUAGGAUUCUUCUGGAUUUUUUAAUUUUUUCUUUAAACAAAAAACUUGGACGGAUAAAAGAUGUGCCAUGGCAGGAUAGCACCAAAGAGCACCUCAGUGUUUGCCGUGGCCUCUGUGAGACAUGGAGUGUUCCUUCCGCUGGUGAUCCUUAGCAGCCUGCUUGGAGACGGACUCGCCUCUGUAUGCCCUCUGCCACCAGAGCCAGAGAAUGGUGGCUACAUCUGCCACCCGCGGCCUUGCAGAGACCCCCUGACAGCAGGCAGCGUCAUCGAGUACCUGUGUGCUGAAGGCUACAUGUUGAAGGGCGAUUACAAAUACCUGACGUGUAAGAAUGGCGAGUGGAAACCAGCUAUGGAGAUUAGCUGCCAUCUCAACGAGGAGAAAGAUACCCACACAUCACUUGGAGUCUCCACGCUGUCUAUAGUGGCUUCCACUGCCAGCUCCGUGGCAUUAAUUCUCUUCCUCGUGGUGCUGUUUGUGUUACUGCAGCCAAAGCUGAAGUCCUUCCAUCACAGCAGGCGUGACCAGGGAGUAUCUGGGGACCAGGUCUCCAUCAUGGUAGACGGAGUCCAGGUCGCAUUACCAUCAUACGAGGAGGCAGUGUAUGGCAGUUCCGGUCAUUGCGUGCCACCUGCUGACCCCAGAGUGCAGAUUGUGUUGUCAGAGGGGUCUGGGCCCAGUGGGAGGAGUGUGCCAAGGGAACAGCAGCUGCAGGACCAGGGAGCCUGCUCCUCUGCAGGUGGAGAGGAUGAGGCCCCAGGCCAGUCUGGACUGUGUGACGCCUGGGGCUCUCGGGGCUUGGAGACUGUGAUGGUGCAUCAAGCAACCACUUCCUCCUGGGUGGCCGGCUCAGGGAGUAGCCAACUGGCACACAAGGACACUGCAGAUUCAGAGAACAGUGACAUUCAAAGCCUUUUAUCCCUCACAUCAGAGGAGUACACAGAUGAUAUCCCACUGUUGAAAGAAGCAUAAGGGCUGCGGCCGGCUCCUCCUCUCUAUGAAGGUCCUCUGCCCUUCUCCCUCUCUCUGUGGGUUUGAGCACCUUGUACUCUCCAGCCACCCUGCCUGGGUACCUGAGCUACCACCUGUGUGUCUGUGUAUUUCUGAGGGCCUGCAAGCCCACCUCGCUGGAAGCUCAAGGAAGAUUCUCGCCAUCUGCCUGCUGGACAGCUGGAGGAGCUGGCUCUGCGCCUGGCCCAGCCUUGCCAUCUGUCGGGGACAGAUUUGAAUGUGCUGGAUCGAGCCCUCCCUUUCCCUAAGCCUCUGGGUCCCCUCCAACCAGCUCUUUGGCGGCAGCCCUUGGCUCACGUGGGCUGAUGCUGCCAUGUUCACCGUGCCUUCCCCACCCUGCCCAGUGUUUUUUGUCAUGUAGGCUUGUUGUGUCCACAAGCCUUGUGGCUGCGCUGCCGCCCCCUGCCACACAGGGGCCAGGCCUGGGUCUGGCCUGUUAUUUCCUUUGAGGGCUGUCACUGCUGCCAUUUGCAAGAGCAGAUCCAAGAGUGAGAGCUCUUGAGUCAGGAAUUGGCUCUAAUAGGGACGAGAAUAUGUGUCCUGGACUGGCCCCAGGUUGACACUGGUGGCACAUUUCCUUGGCUGAGGAUGGAAGAUUUGGGAAAUUAUGCCAAAGCUGCCCUAACACCUGGCUGUCUGGCUCAGAGGUGCAGCCUCCUGGCACUGUUGAGUUGAGAGUUUCCCGGAAACAUGCAGAAGAUCCCGAGGGAGGAAAGGCAGGUGGCUGAUGAUGAUUGUCUUCCUAAUAUGCAAGUUCUCACUUCCUGCUUCCAGCAUCUUUUCUGUUUCCCUGGAGCCCAAGGGGAAGUUUCGUGAUGCCUCCUGGGAUGUAUCCCAGACAGAUCUGGCUUCUGUGCUGCUCACAGGAGCCCACGGCAGGAGAGUUGCUGUGAUGCCCUGGAGUGCCCAGCUAGUCACUGGCAGUCUGGGCAACUUGCCCCUAUCUGGGUUUGUGGUGACGGAGGAGAGGCCGAGAGGCACAGACUGAGUCCCCAGGCAGCUGCAGGCAGCUCCAGCCUGGUUCUGAGGAUCCUCCCUACCACGGUCACGUGCCUUAGUAACUAUACCCGGGAAGUGGCCUGCUGCUUGCUGUGCUGCUGCUUUUCAUACUUUUCUGUCCUUCUCUGCCACCACUCCGCAUGUCGCAGUUGACAGGAGACUCCUCUUCUUCCUUUGGCACCCAGGGACGAGGGCUGAGAAACAGUUCAUCUUCCCUCAUCUUACUGGCCUGAAGCAGGUGGAGGGGCAUAGAAGAGGAGCCCUGGCUACUCAGCCACAUGUGGGAUGCUGACAGUGUCAGGUGUACCAUCUCCGUCAGGGUACUGUCUUCCGAAGAUAGAUGUGGCAUUAAGGAAUGUUUGUUUUUGCUUUCUUUUUUCCCCUGAAGUACUGGGGCUGGGAAACUUCGAAACUGACUGUGUGCAUGUCUGCUCCUCCCCCAGCCUCUCUGCUCAGGCUGGUAACAAUAAUAAAAAGCCCUGUGUAUUUUCAGUUCCUGACCUAGCAGGGUUAGCUGCAGGCGUGGGUGGCCGGAAGCCUUCUCCCAGCCGCUGCCCUCCCCUCCUGCCUCCCCUCUCACACAAGCACUUUACCACUCAGUCGCCCCUGGCCUUCUGCCGCAUGUAGUCUUCCUUCCUUCCUCUCAGGGUAAGGGCAGUGCCUGCUGGGCCUGUUGGCCACCCCCUCCCCAGGAGCUCUCGUCCGCUGUGCCCAAAGCCUAGGCAAGCGUGGUUAGGUGGGAACAGGUUGGAGAAGGUGCUAGAACUAGAGGGGGGUAAGGCUUGUUACAGAGAGGGGUCCCUAGUGGGCCUAGCCACCUUGCCUCCUGGGCUCACCUUCACCCCUAGUGGUGCCCUUGUCUUCCUCAAGAAAACAGGGGCAGCUGGGGUGAGGGGGAAGAAUUGGAGACAUCACUGCUGAGCUUUCAGCUUUGAUUGUCCACUUUUCCAAAACCUGAAUUCUAUUCUAGAAUAUUUUUUAAAAUAGAAGACCUUAUCCUUUUCUACCUUGUUACUCUGGGCUUUUCCCGCCUAAGAGAUUGCACUUUUUGUUUGGGGUUUUUCAAAGCCUCCCAAAGCCUCCUUCCCCCUCACCCUCCACUGACACCACUCUGAGACAUGAGCCCGCCCAGACAUGCCCACUGGUAGGAGAGUAAAACAGCAGAACGGGGGUGGGGGGAGCUUUAGCUUCUCUUCCCUGGCUCCUGUCACUGGCUUUGAUGAGCCCCCCCACCCUGGAGGCUCCUGGGCCUGUAGGUGUGGGAGCUAAUUCUUGUGUUGCCGCCGGUCUCCUUUGACAGCUUCUUGCAGUUACUUCUCCCCUCCCAAAGCAAUUUCUUAACCAUCAGUUAUCAGCUGUUUCUAGGGCUUCUGGGCUUUGUCUCGGGUAGAGGGAUUAGAGACUCCACCGAUGAUGCCUUGAGGUGCGGCCUGGCUAGGAAACCAGGGCUGGUGUCGCAUGGCAAGCUGUUCGGAGGGGGGCUCCAGGAGGGGCCCGGAGAAGGUGGGGAGAAGCUGUGGCCACGGCCCUGCUUUCCUGGACUCACUUCUGCAGGGUGGAGGUCCAGUAGAGGCUUGUCUAGAAGCAAUGGUCAGGACCAAAGGACUUUUAAAAGGGUGGUGGUUUUUAUUUUAUUAUUUUGGGGGGUUUUUGCACAUUUGAGCUGACUCAAUGCAGGUUUUAUACCCUGGAGACUUGGGAGUCACAUUCUAGUGACUUUCAAGGGCCAGAAUAUGGUGAAAAUCACUUAAAAUUUCCGUCCCCUCCAUGCCUUAGUUUAGCAGCUUGGCUCUAUCUGUUGGCAUUUCUGUACUGUGUGCUGUGUUCCCAUUUCACUGGGUGUAACUGUGAAAUGGGCUGAGUCCUGGCCACUUCAUUUGGUUUUAUAAGGCAUUUCCAUGUCUAUUUGGUAAGCACUCCAUUCACAAAGAGAACUUGAACUCAUACUGUCUUCCACGUUUAUUGUGCCCUCCUCCUCCCACCCCCAGCUUUAAAGCUCUGUGGAGAAGCCAGAUGGUGAGAUAGACAAAGGUAUAUUUUUCCUGCUUCAUUGCUAGUGGCUUGGGGAUAGUAGCAUUCAGCCCUCUCCCUCCUAGUUCCAGAUGAACUCUCAAACCACUUGCUUUCCACAUGACAGUUUCGCCUCCAUUUCCAGGGAACGUCCUUACAUAGAGAAUGGAAUAUGCUGCGAACAUUUCUACAUCCUUAUUCUUCCCCCCUUCUCAGAAAGAAAAAAGGGCCUUGAAGGGAAGUGGCACCCAGGCUCCACAGCUUAAUUCCAGAUGUGCUUGCUAAGGACAGUGAUGCUGGGAUUAUCUUUCAUGGGCCCUGCCAGGUCUCCUUGCUUUCACCAUAGGGACAGCCAUAACAGGUACCCCAAGGAAGGGCAUGGAGAAUAUUCUGCUUGGCAGAUGUUUGAUCUGAAUGGUGCAGGCAUGGGUUUCCUGGAAAGGGGGAAAGGUGGCAGGCCCAGCUUUUGGGGGGAAGCAACUCUUAAUGUCCAGUUGAACACCUAGUAGAAUUUAAUCAAAACCCAAGAUUGAGCCCUCUGCCCAGCAGCAGAGGCUAGCUGGAGAGAACACAGGGGCAGAGCACUCAGAUUGCCAAGCAGGGAGGAGAGAUGGGUGCAGGUUGCGUGACACCCCCUGCACCCUGCCUGGCCUCUUCAGGUUUCUGCACCACUGUGGAACCCUUUGCAGAAUGGUACUCAUACAAUGGUUUAAACAACACAUGCAUAAUUGACUCUGUGCAGGAUGUCACUCAAUCAGUUUGGAUUUGCUUUAUUUUAUUUCAUAUAUAUAUUUUUUUGGUAUCCUGUACAUUGCAGUGGGUGUGAAGAUAGUAUUUUAAUAUUUGUACAAAGUUUAAUUUAAUUGUUCUAUGUAUAUAACUGCAUUUCUAAAUAAUAAUUAAAAAAUGUUCUUAUGAAG